GUUUACUACCACUACACCUCCAUCUUUCCUCUCAUCUCCGCGGAGACGGUCCUUUUAAUCUCUAGAGGAGACGAACGCCUCCUCGUCGUCCCCCCCCUCAAGCCAGCCUCGGUCACCCGUCGAGCGACCGCCGGUCCAAUGCCUAAUACGUCGGAAGGGCAGGCGGCCAACCGGCCGGGGGCGACGACGGAGGCGUCGGCGGGCCAGCAGAGGCCCGCGGACGGGGAGGGGGAGCACGGUCUCCUCGGCGCCCUUGCGCGGGACGCGGCGCGCGCGAGGCGCGCCUCGAGCGCGGAGCUCCACCUGCCGUGGACCUGCCCGGUCACCCACUCCCGCGAGAAGUUCUACACGGUCUGCUCCGACUACGCCCUCCUCAACCAGGCCGCCUCCGUCUACUGCCCCGCCAAGGCGGACCGGGGCUCGCAGGACGACGGCGACCCGCUCGCCAAGCCCAAGCCUCCGGUGGACUUCGGCUGCGGUCAGGACGGAGGAGGCGUGGGGUCAGACGGGGACUGUGACAUGGAGGACGCGCCCUCCGGCCACUCCAAGCCCAUCUUGGCCUGGGAGAUCGACACGACGGACUUUAAUGCCGUGUUGACCAGAAAAACAAGAACCAGCAAUGGAAAGAAGUCCAGCACCAAGAAGAUGAAGUCCUCGGACAGACCCAGCCGGAACCUGCAGGAUGGGCCCCCUCAUGCCUCUCUGGAGGAGAUCAAGCAGAGAAAAGUGCUGGACCUCAGGAGAUGGUACUGCAUUAGUCGGCCCCAGUAUAAAACUUCUUGCGGGAUCUCCUCUUUGGUGUCUUGCUGGAACUUCUUGUACAGCACGCUCGGCGCAGGGAGUCUUCCACCGAUCUCUCAGGAGGAGGCUCUGCACAUCCUGGGGUUUCAGCCACCGUUUGAAGAAAUAAAGUUCGGUCCCUUCACUGGAAAUGCGACACUGAUGAGGUGGUUCAGACAAAUCAACGACAACUUCCGGGUGCGCGGCUGCUCCUACAUCCUCUACAAACCGCACGGAAAACACAAAACGGCCGGAGAGACGGCUGAAGGAGCGCUGAUGAAGCUGACGCAGGGGCUGAGGGAUGAGUCCAUGGCCUACAUUUACCACUGUCAGAACCACUACUUCUGCCCGGUGGGCUUCGAAGCCACUCCGCUCAAGGCAGCAAAGGCCUACAGGGGCCCUCUACCCACUAAUGAAAUGGAGCACUGGAUCCUGAUCGGUGAACCCAGCAGAAAGCAUCCAGCCAUCCACUGUAAAAAAUGGCUGGAUAUCGUGACUGACCUCAACACGCAAAAUCCAGAAUACCUGGACAUUCGGCACACGGAGAGAGGGAUUCAACGCCGCAAGACCAAAAAGGUGGGCGGUAACCUGCACUGCUUAAUGGCCUUCCAGCGGGUGAACUGGCAGAAGCUCGGCCCCUGGGCCAUGAAUCUAGAGAACCUGCGGCACGACUUCCACCACGCCGGGGCGGAGCGCGCGCACGCCAGCGAGGACGCCGAGCAGGCCCCGUCCAAGAGGCUGGCCCAUCUGGGACGCUCGCACAGCACGGGAAGCCAGAAGGACGGCAGCUGGAAGCGCCUGUCCAACAGCAGCGAGCACAGGCAGAGGAGCUCCCCCGACAGCGACCUGGAGGAGGACAUCACAGACUGAGAGGUUUCCCAGGAGCACGGAGAGAGAGAACCCCACAGCAGGAGCUACGACACGGGCCAGAGGCGGUGCCAUUUAAAGAAGAAUUCUGGUGGGUUUUUUGUAGCUUACCUUUAA